AUGGACAUUCUUUUCAAAACGGCGUGGUUUAGACUCGUGAAGAAGCAGAAACCUUCGAAAAAUUGCUGGAUGACGUGGAACAAGCUUUUGAUAAAGAUGAUCUCAUAUUUUUUCAAACAAGUAAGGUACAACGAGACUAUCACCUUCCUCGGAAUUGUACCAGAGUCAUUCUUUGCUAACAAAUCAUCAGUCCAUACUAAAGACAUAGCCACUUGUACCCGUGACUGGGUGGCAUCUAUAUCAGAAAAACUUCAUCAAGAGUGCCUCUCUUCAAUUGCUCUUCGCAAAGUUAUCGUCGAUCAGUGGAUGUGUCAUUAUGCUGAAAAGAAAGCCAUCUUUACAUCGCAGCAAGAACAGUCCGGGGCUGGUAAUGGAGCUAUGUAUGCCUUGACACAAAGAAUGGUAGAGCUGCACAAUCGCUCGGUCGUAAAUGAACGAAAUUUGAUCCGCAAUGUGGAACUGUCCCAAAUUGCUCGUCUAGCUAACAGUGAAGAUUUUUCCCGCGCCGAACGCUUCACCUAAGAAAUGAAUACUGUCUCCACCGAGUUAUUUCAUUCUGGAGUUUGUGGCUCUAACUCAAACGAGCAACCAACGGAAAUGAUUCAGGGAGUUUUGCCAAAUACUCAUUUUCAGCGUCUAAUGUCAGAUGAUUUUGUACUAAGGUCUAAGGAAACACUGCUGGAAGCGCAGAGGCAGAGGAGCCAGAUUCAAUCGGAAUUUUUACCGGGUCGCAACACAACCAAGCUUUUCAAAAGCAUCUGGCCAUGUUCCCAAAAGCAAGCUCCUGUCGACCAAGCAAUCGCUCAUUUCACUUCACCACAGAAUCCUACAAUCAAGUUCCCCAGGUUUUUAAGUUUGCCGCUUGAACCCCGUCGAAUGGUAUGGAAAGCUGCACUUCUGGAUGGUAGAAUUGUCUCGAAGAGAAAAUGGGUACCUGAACAACUGUCAUCUGAAGAGCCUUGCUAUAGACUUGCCCUACAGCUGGCCUGCAAAGAAUCAUAUAAGGUUAUGCACGAGAGUUACACCCUUGUACUCGAACUAAAAACUGAUACGAUGGCGAGCACAAUUUGGAGAAUUUAUGCUGCCUUUCUGGUACAUAUAUGAACCCGGAUAAAGAUAUUGUACCACGGUGGCCGCUCCCUGGGGACUAUGAGCAAAAUCAACCUAAUUUAUCACUUUCGCAGUACUGGGACAGAAAAUUCUUCGGACUUACUGGAGUGAAACACCUGGCGCUCAAAGUGUUUCAUUUUGAUGAUAUACUGGGGCAAAAACAUUGCGUGGACAAGACUAGAAAGGAGGCGCUGGAUCGUAUAGAGGCUAGCUGUCCGAAUUUAAAAAGUCUGACGAUUACCUGGACCAGUGAGAGAUGUGUGAGGAAAUACUUUGGAGAUGAUAGCAUUCAAGGUUCCGAUUACAAAUUAAUCGAUAUUGACUCCAAUUUCGUCGACCACAUGGCAGAAAUUCCGGUUAAGGACCAAGCCACAAGGGAGGCGAUGAGAAUAGACUAA